GAGGCUCCGAAAUUUUCUGAGUGGCGCCAUCGCCAGCGGCGAGCAUUGGCUGCGACGAGCUCGUUCGUGUCACGAGGCCAGCGCAAAUUCAGCUCCGCGAUUGUUUGCGGCUGCUCGUUGGAGAGGGCAUUAACUGUGGGAGGCGGGGGGGUUCGUAUCUCGGCGCGGCGAUCGGCAUGCAAUUGCGGCCAUGAUCAUCAGCAAGUGAAUGUUUGAUGCUCACCGCAGUAGCAGCAGCAGCAGCAGCAUCAGCAGGUACAAUCAAUGUGUUUGUCCGAUCCGACACAGUCCUCACCAGCGCCAGGAAUCGCAAGCGUUUGUUCCACCUUAAACCCCCGGGUCGCUGCCUGGAAGAUCGAACUUCGGGCUCGUGUGUUCCGAGUUCGAUCGUCCGUUCUCUCGCCCUGCCUCCGGACGUCGCUCUCCUGGAGGCCUUGAACGAAGGGGCGAGAAGCGACUUGCGAUUCUCGGAUGCUACGGUCUGCAUCAACAUCUGCCCUCUCUUUGGCGUGGCGGCUCCGCAUGCGAAACUGUCACAUGCUGGGAAUGUAGCCCAAAUUUAGCCAGUUGGAGUCCCGAUUGAGCUCAAAUCUUUACUCUUUUCUCGCACAAAAGUGAAAAAGUUGUCUUCUCAGAUCGAAUACGAGAGAGAGGUGACUUGAGCUCCCGCGGACCUCGAGAAACACGUUUCCUGCACUUGAUAGAUCUCGAUAUUCUGCCGCCGGAGCUAGGCAAUCAGUACUAGUCUAGUUCUCAGACCAAACCCCUCCAAAAGCCUGCAGCAGGAGAGCAGCAGGCCAAUAGAGAGGCUCGAACCUAGCAAGCUCGCAGCAGCUAGUUUAAAAAGGAAGUCCUUUGCAGGAUCGUUGGAAGAACUCGUUCAAUCCGAGGAGCUUCAGUCAUGAGUCGGCUUCCGUAAGAUAGAGACCGAGUGAUCGCAAGUCCAGGGGUUUUCUACCCCGUCCAUACAGCUUGAGGCUUGGAGCUCAACAGGCCGAGAGGGGACAAUACAGCAGCAAGCACUCUGAGUGAGGUCUUGGGCCUGCAGCACGAGCGAGGAAUCCCAUCACAGUUAACAACAAUCAUCCUGUUUUCCUCGAUCCCCGGCGAAUAAAAAACGAAAAUGAAUUGCGUAUUGAGAGAUUCGAUGGGUCUGCUCGUGUGUUACAUUAUCCUUUUCAGUGGUCUCGUAGUUCUUCCGCAGGGAGGUCUCGGGGCUCGGAUGAAUUCUGCCUCGAAAGAAGGGGGUUUCCACCCUUCCACGACGAAUUCGAGUCUGACGCAAGAGGUCGAGGUUCAAAAGCAGGCCCCUCGAGCGCCAUUUAAGUUGGGGCCGAAGAUUCACAACUGGGAUCAGCAGCGAGCAGCAUGGCUGGCCAAGUACCCGCACAAGAGAUUGACCCCUCAGGGCAGGCCGAAUAUGAUUCUCGUUACAAGUUCUCCACCGGAGCCGUGCCCUGCUGCGACCGGCGACCACUUCUUGCUGAAGUCCAUCAAGAACAAGAUGGACUACUGUCGGCUGCACAUGAUCGAGAUAUACUACAACAUGGCGAUCAUGGAGAUGGAUGACUUUUGGAUCAAGCUGCCAAUUAUUCGGAAGCUGAUGGUGUCCCAUCCCGAAGCAGAGUGGAUCUGGUGGAUGGACAGUGAUGCCAUUUUCACAGAUAUGACCUUCGACUUCCCCGUGGAGAAAUACGAGGGCCGGAAUCUCGUCGUUCACGGAUGGGAUAAAGCAGUGUACGAAGACAAGGCUUGGGUGGGUCUGAAUGCCGGCAUCUUCCUGCUGAGGAACUGUCAGUGGUCUCUGGAUCUCUUGGACAUGUGGGCUCCUCUGGGGGAGAAAUAUGGCAAUCACAAGAACGAAGUCGGGGACUUUCUGUCCAAGGAGCUCCUCGGUAGACCCAAUUUCGAAGUCGAUGAUCAAGCUGCGUUGGUGUGGGUCCUGUACUCCAAGCCAGAGCUCAGACCGCACGUCUUUCUGGAGAAUUCUUACCAUCUGCAUGGAUGGUGGGUGGACCUGACGGCCCAUUUCGACGAGAUGAUCACAAAGUACCACCCGGGCGACGGUGGAAGCAAAUGGCCCUUCAUCACCCACUUUGUCGGUUGCAAAUUCUGUGCCGGCAAGUACAAUUCAUCGUCCCUGGAGAGAUGCUAUUACGAGGUAGAGAGAGCUUUCAAUUUGGCUGACAAUCAGGUCCUCAAGCCCUACGGGUACCAGCACGAGUCCCUCUCAAGUGUGGAUGUCAAGAAGGUCUCAGAUGAAGUCACCCAUCCUUUGGAACGUCUGGGCAUACGCUUGACGGAUUAGACGAUCAGAUUCUCGCCAGUAUGAGCGGUAUAAUUUUGCGGAUUCAUACAAAACGUACAGGUAUAGAAUUCCAUAAUCUUUUUGCUUUCACUACAGCCAAACGAUCACCCUCUGAGCAGAAGGUUGCUCAAAAUGAGUUGACUGCCAACUCAAGGGAGAUGGAAACUGUGCAUAAUUUGUCGCUAAAAAUUGGUGGCCACGAUAGGACAUUUAAAAACUGUAGUUGUCUAGCUAUUCUGGUACCACACUAGCAGUGUUGGGCCAUUUGUAUCGUAUCAUAUGCUACAGAUUUGUUGGAUUCAUACAGCAAAGAACGUACUGGAAAAGAAAUCCAUCUCCAACGUACAAAGUUUGAAUAAAAAGGUUGGACUUACAAUCGUGUCUUGAUUGA